AAGCGGAAGCGGUGGAGGUGUCCUUUGGGCCGUGGCGCCGGGGCGGCAGCAUGGCGGACGAGGCUUCGCAGGUGCUUCUGGGCUCGGGGCUGACCGUGCUCUCGCAGCCUCUCAUGUACGUGAAGGUGCUGGUGCAGGUGGGAUACGAACCGCUGCCGCCCACCCUGGGCAGAAACAUCUUCGGCCGCCAGGUCUAUCAGCUUCCAGGCCUCUUUGCCUAUGCCAAGCAUAUCGUGAAAGUGGAUGGCAGAGCGGGGCUUUUCAAGGGCCUCGCCCCCCGUCUCUGCUCCAGCGCCAUUGGCACCGUGGUGCAUGGCAAAGUGCUGCAGCGGUACCAGGAGGCUGAGAAGGCUGAGCCAGGAGCCAGCAAGAAGGAGCCUGUGUCCUCACUGGAGCAGGUGCUGAAGGAGACUUCCCGAGAGAUGGUUGCUCGCUCUGCUGCCACCCUAAUUACCCACCCCUUCCACGUGAUCACCCUGCGAUGCAUGGUGCAGUUCAUCGGCAGGGAGACCAAGUACAGCGGAACACUAAGCGCCUUCGCCACGAUUUACCGAGAAGAAGGCAUCCUGGGGUUCUUUGCCGGCCUUGUUCCCCGGCUCCUCGGAGACAUCCUCUCACUCUGGCUCUGCAACAUGCUGGCCUACCUCAUCAACACAUAUGCGCUGGAGAACGGGGUCUCUGUGACAGAGAUGAAGAGCUACUCACAGGCAGUCACUGGGUUCUUCGCCAGCAUGCUGACAUACCCCUUUGUGCUGGUCUCCAACCUGAUGGCUGUCAAUAACUGCGGGCUAGCUGGGGGCCUGCUCCCCUAUGCACCCACCUACUCCUCCUGGCUGGACUGCUGGAGCCAGCUGCACAAGGAAGGCAACAUGAGCCGAGGGAACAGCUUGUUUUUCCGCAAGGUGCCCGCAGGAAAGCGAUAUGUGUGGGAUGAGAGGAGGUUCCGCUGAAGGCGGGAGCGCAGCUGUAAACCCAUGCUAGUCUCUACUGAGAAAGAAUUAUGAGAGAGUGGUGAUUUCUAUACUUUUUUUUUUUUUUUUUUAAUCAUUUAAUUUUGAGCGAUGAAAAUAUCUGUG